AUGGCUUCCCUACAAUGGUUCCUCUUCGUCUACGUCCUCGGCGGCCUCACCUUUCUACCUCUUGUGGUUAUUUUGGUGCUGGCCCACGCCUACUACACCCUACCUUCUCCUCACAACGGGAGCGCGAAAGCACCGCUCGACGAUGACCCUGCACAACUGGUGCGUGCCGAAGAUGACAAAGCUGCCUUCAAGACCGCUACCGACAGCCUCGCAGAGCAGUUCCACCGCAGGCACGACACAGACGUCGCUGCUGGCUACUUUGCCGUAUGCCGAGAAUAUGUGCCCGGAGUGGUCCUGACCAAGCCGCCGGACAAGAUCACUCCGGCUGGCGACGUGGUGGCGCAGGAAUCUCCGAGCGUCUACCAGAGCAUGUAUCGGAGUAUAUUCGACCGAUCGCAGAAGCCUACGAUCGAACCGAACAAGGACAACGCGGGCAAGGGCACCAAGAAGACGAACAAUGUCUUCUACGUCGUGCUUAGGCACGGACACCUCAUGCUCUACGACGAUAUCCAGCAGCUGGAAGUCCGCUACGUCAUCUCGCUCGACUACCACGACGUCGACAUCUACGCUGGGGGGGAAGACAUACCUGAGGGAGAAUUGUGGAUCAAGCGCAAUGCCAUUCGUUUGAGGCGGAAACAGACGCAGGUCGGGGACACGGCCACAUCCAUGCCCUUCUUUCUGUUCGGUCAAAGCCUGUCGGAGAAGGAAGACUUCUACCAUGCGAUCCUGAAGAACCAGGAGAAGGGCAUCUCGGACGAGCCGCCCGUGCCGCAGUUGUUCGAUGUUGGGCAUGCGGUGCUGCUGGUGCAGAAGCUUCACUCGUCCGAGGAGCACCUUCAGACGAGGUGGCUCAAUGCCAUCAUCGGCCGUGUGUUCCUCGCUCUGUACAAAACGCCCGAGAUAGAAGGCUUCCUUCGCGAGAAGCUGACCAAAAAGAUCUCGCGCGUCAAGAAGCCAACAUUCAUCACGAAGCUGGGCCUGCGGAAGAUUGAUCUGGGCACCAGCGCCCCAUUUUUCACCAACCCGAGACUGAAAGACCUCACUGUGAAUGGAGACUGCACCAUCGAAGCCGAUGUGAACUACACCGGCGGCCUCCGCAUCGAAAUCGCCGCCACGGCACGCAUCGACCUGGGCGCGCGCUUCAAGGCCCGCGAGGUGGAUAUGGUCCUUGCCGUCACCUGUAAGAAGCUACAGGGACACGGCUUGGUCAGAUGCAAACCGCCGCCCUCCAACAGACUCUGGUUUACGUUCGAGAAGAUGCCACAACUGGAUCUCGACAUUGAACCCAUUGUCAGCUCGCGGCAAAUUACCUACACCUUCAUCCUCCGUACCAUCGAAAGCAGGAUCCGAGAAGUCGUCGCGGAGAGCAUUGUCCAUCCAUUCUGGGACGAUAUACCUUUCUUCGAUACGAUGCCUCAGAAAUACCGGGGUGGUAUCUGGAAGAGAGAAGCGCAAGACACGACGACGGAGAUCCCCAACGAGGAACCCGAAGACCUGUCCGAAGCAGACAGCUCGGGGACCCCGACGUCCGCCGUGCUCUCCAAAGAUGAGAGAGUGUUGAGCAUGCCAGCCCUGAGUGAUAACGGCGGCAUAGGCACGGCGAAGGCUGCAAAGAAAUCGCUGGCCUCGUUGAACGAGAUUUGGGGCAAGAAGAAGUCGGAGCCGGUCGACAGGCCGGACUCUGCGACUCCUCGGUUACUACGAUCGACCUCGUUCGCUAACGCGGCCGAUCCGACCAUCACCACCAAUCAUGCCGACGCCAACACCCCUACUCGAGGCUCAGAAGCCGGUGCCCAUCGCGAGAGCGUUGCCACGAUCUUGAAGGAUAUCUCGGCACGAUCGAGCUCUAGCAACCAGUCAGGACCAGACUCGCCCGCCGGGUCCCCACCGGUGGAGUCGGCAAUGGCAAUGGCUAUGAAAGGACGUUCUUCAAGCACCACUUCUGGCGCAUCCGACGACCGUGAACAGGCUGGCCGUUUGAGUCGCAGAUCCUCUUCCCUUCCACAAACGCCGACGAAUGCCAGCCGAGCUUCCCUGGCGCCCUCCGAGACCAAUGAAACGAAGGAUGAGAGCAGACCGCCCACGGUCGAGGCAGAGAGGGAGCCUCCCAAGAAAUUCUCGUUCGGCGCGAAGUCAUUGACAAGUGGGGAUCGGAAACAAGCGCUGGCCUCUGUCAAUGCCGCGGCUGCGGCAGCCCAGAAAUGGGGUUGGGGAGUGCUGGCGAGGAACAGGCAGCGUGAAGCACAAGCAGCUGCAGCAAAAGCCGCCGAGGAAGCUUCGAACGGUGCCUCUUCUCCCAGAGAACCAAUGGGUCGUGGGAGGCCUCUACCGCCUCCUGGUAUGCCGCUGCCUCCGCCCGAACGACCCAAAUCUAGCUCUUUUCUGGCGUCGAAGAGGAAGCCAGUACCGCCUCCAAUGUUGCCGAAGCGUCCCGAGACUGAUGGGUCGACGCCGGCCAAAUCCUCUCCCAAACCACCUCUUCCGGAGAGACGCAAGAGACAGAGUUCCAUGCAACCAGCUGAUGAGGCUGAGAACGAAGUGCUCGUUGUGGAAGCUCCGAUCGAGUCUGCUCCAGCCAGUCCGACUGAUGAUGAACGUUACGAUGGUGGACAUCGCGAUGACUUCUUCGGGCACGGCGAGGAACAGCUUGACCCUGCACCACCAGUCCUACCGACACCAGAUGCAAGUCUCGGACAGGAUGAGCCGGCAGAAAAGUUGGUCAAUCUGCCGACGCCUCCGCGUGACGAGGUGGCCGAAGAGCACAUGCACACACAGCCGCUGUCAGCUGAGAGACCCAGUACCGGCACCAGCAAUAGCACCAGCGAGUACUCGCCGCCACUGGUGCAAGAGGGGGAGAGUGGGGAGAUCAACCGGCAGGAGAUCCGCAUGUACACGUAG